CCACCAUGCACGCCAGCGGCCCGGGCUACCCGCUCGCCUCGCUCUACGUGGGCGACCUGCACCCGGACGUGACCGAGGCCAUGCUCUAUGAGACUUUUUCGCCCGCCGGCCCCAUCCUAUCCAUCCGCGUGUGCCGCGACGUGGCCACCCGGCGCUCACUGGGCUAUGCUUACAUCAACUUUCAGCAGCCUGCUGAUGCUGAGCGGGCCCUGGAUACCAUGAACUUCGAGGUGAUCAAAGGCCAGCCCAUUCGCAUCAUGUGGUCUCAGCGAGACCCGGGACUGCGCAAGUCGGGCGUGGGCAAUGUCUUCAUCAAGAACCUGGAGGACUCCAUCGACAACAAGGCUCUGUAUGAUACCUUCUCCACCUUCGGGAACAUCCUCUCCUGUAAGGUGGUGUGUAAUGAGCACGGCUCUCGGGGCUUCGGUUUUGUGCACUUUGAGACUCACGAGGCUGCACAGCAGGCCAUCCGCACCAUGAACGGGAUGCUGCUGAAUGACCGCAAAGUCUUUGUUGGCCACUUCAAGUCUCGGCGGGAGCGGGAGGCAGAGCUGGGGGCGCGGGCCCUGGAGUUCACCAACAUCUACGUGAAGAACCUGCGGGUGGACGUGGAUGAGCAAGGCCUGCAGGACCUCUUCUCCCAGUUCGGAAAGAUGCUGAGUGUGAAGGUGAUGCGGGACAACAGUGGCUUCUCCCGGGGCUUCGGCUUCGUCAACUUCGAGAAACAUGAGGAAGCCCAGAAGGCCGUGGACCACAUGAAUGGAAAGGAGGUGAACGGCCGGCUGCUGUACGUGGGCCGUGCCCAGAAGCGGGUGGAGCGGCAGAAUGAACUGAAGCACAAGUUCCAGCAGAUGAAGCAGGACCGGCUGCACCGUUACCAGGGCGUGAACCUGUAUGUGAAGAACCUGGAUGACUCUAUUGAUGAUGAGAAAUUGAGGAAAGAGUUCUCUCCCUAUGGGGUGAUCACCAGCGCAAAGGUGAUGACAGAGGGUGACCACAGCAAGGGGUUUGGCUUUGUGUGUUUUUCCUCUCCAGAGGAGGCGACCAAGGCUGUGACCGAGAUGAAUGGGCGCAUCGUGGGCACCAAGCCGCUGUACGUGGCGCUGGCCCAGCGCAAAGAGGAGCGGAAAGCCAUCCUAACGAACCAGUACAUGCAGCGCCUCUCCAGCCUGCGAGCCCUGGGGAGCCCCCUCCUGGGCUCUUUGCAGCAGCCCUCCCGCUACUUCCUGCCCGCUGUGCCGCAGCCUCCUGCACAGGCUACAUAUGCUGGCUCUGGCACCAUGGCCCCCAUGCAGCCCACUCCCAGGUGGACAGCCCAGCCACCGCGACCUUCAUUCACCUGCCCUUCAGCUGCUUCCACUGUCCAGGCACCGGGCAUGUCGCGGCGCCCCCGGGACCAUGUCAACAGUGUCAGGCAGCCCUCCACCCAGCUGCCACGGCAUGUGCCUCAGACCCAACGAGUGGCCAACGUUGGGACUCAGACCACAGGACACAGUGGCACAGGAUGCUGCACGCCAGGCCGGUCUCUCCUGCCCUACAGAUGUUCCUCAGGAGUCCACUACUCCCAGUCUGAGGCUGCUGUAUAUAUCCCUGGCCAGGAGCCUCUGACUGCGUCCAUGCUGGCUGCGGCGCCCCCACAAGAGCAAAAACAGAUGAUCGGGGAGCGUCUCUACCCUCUUGUUUACAACGUCCACGCACAGCUGGCUGGCAAGAUCACGGGCAUGCUGCUGGAGAUUGACAACUCGGAGCUGCUGCUCAUGCUGGAGUCUCCAGAGUCCCUCCAUGCCAAGAUAGAAGAGGCGGUGGCAGUGCUGCAGGCCCACCAGGCUGUGGAGCAGCCCAAGGCGUACGCGCACUGA